AUGAUGGCUGUCUCCGAAGAGCAGGCUCUGAUUGGAGAGAGAAGGCUCAGGAUGCCCAGCUGCCUCCUAACGCUGACCAGAGUGGUGCUGAGCCACAAGCUCUGGGCUCUGUUUAUCCUCAUCUUUAUGAUCGUGUCCUUUGCCUACCACAAGUUUUACUGGAGGAUCUGGGACACAGAUCCAUCAUCAGUGUUGAAGACAGAGGUAAAGGGCACAGGCCACCCCUACACCUUGUCUGCUGAAAGCAGCUCUGCUUCCUCUGUGCCUUCUUCCCACAGCACUGCUGCUGGGCCCUCUCCUUCCCCAGAGAAUGUUUUUUUUGUGGAGACCUCGGAUCAAAUUAACCCCAGUUACCUGUUCUCAUGCUCUGUGGAGUCAGCGGCCAGGACACACCCAGGRUCAAGAGUUGUGGUGUUCAUGCAAGGUUUGGCUGGAGGGAACACAACCUUACCCAGUCACUGGGCUUUUUCCUUGCUAAGCUCUUUCCCCAAUGUGGAAAUGGGGCCCCUUGACCCGACCGAGCUCUUUUCUGGAACACCUCUGGCACAAUGGUACUUGAAGCCUCAGCUGCGUCAGGAGCCUCAUUUUUUACAUGUCCUAGCUGAUGCCUGCAGGAUUGUCCUCAUGUGGAAGUUCGGUGGCAUCUACCUGGAUACAGACUUCAUUGUACUUAAGAACUUGGAGAACCUCACCAAUGCUAUUGGGAUUCAGAGUCAUGAUGAACUGAAUCAAGCCUUUCUGUCCUUUAAGCCCAAACAUGAAUUCAUG